UUUUCUGAAAAACAAAUAGCAGAAGAAAUUCAAGAAAUAUGGCGAAUGUAGGAGGUAAUGUAACAUCAAAAUUUCGCGAUAAAUUUCGAUUAGUCCAUAAAGAAUUGAUAAACUGGUUCCCUGGUCACAUGCAAAAAGGUUUAAAACAAAUGCAACAAAAAUUAAAAUCUGUAGAUUGUAUUGUAGAAGUUCAUGAUGCAAGAAUUCCAAUAUCUGGUCGUUAUGAACGAUUUAGACAUUCAGUGAGUGGACUGAAGCCUCACAUAUUUGUAUUAAAUAAAAAAGAUCUAGCUGAUCUAUCUCAAAAGCAAGAAUGGGAGAAGAGAUUACACCAUGAUGGAAUUAAAAAUAUUAUUUAUACUAAUUUUAAGGAUCAAAAGUGCAAAGGAAUGCAAUCAAUUCUACCUCUAGCUUGUAAAUUAAUUGAAGAAUCUGAACGAUACAAUAGAGUGGAAGCAUCCGACUUUUCUGUGAUGAUUAUAGGUGUUCCUAAUGUCGGUAAAUCAUCUUUAAUAAAUAGACUGAGAAAUAAAUAUCUUCAUAAGUCAAAUGCUACAGCAGUUGGACCAAUAGCAGGAGUUACUAGAUCAGUUCUUACCAAAAUAAAAAUUUCAGAAAAACCUCCAGUCUAUGUCUUAGAUACACCAGGAAUUCUUACUCCAAAUAUCAGAGACAUUGAAACAGGAUUAAAACUAGCUCUAGUUGGUUGUCUUCAAGAUCAUUUAGUAGGUCAAGAAGUAUUAGCUGAUUACCUUCUUUAUUGGCUAAAUAAAAAUCAACGUUUUGAAUAUGUGGAUAAACUAGAGUUAAAGAAACCAAAUGAUAAUAUAUUUGAAGUACUUGCGACUGUUGCUAUAAGGAUGAAAAAAAUGAAAAGAAUCAAAACUUACAACAACGAAAUUAUGGUGAGACCAGAUAUUGUUUUUGCUGCAGAACAUUUUGUGCGUUUAUUCAGAACUGGAAGUUUAGGUUUUUAUUGCUUAGACGAUGAUAUAUUAUAGUUAGCUAUUAUAAUUCAUCUGAGAAGUGGUUGUAAAUAGUUUUUAAAGUAUUUCUAAUAAAUAUUUUCGAAUGUAAAU